UAGUUUCUAGUAGAAGUUUUAAGUGAUGGGGUCCCCAUUCUAUUGCUUACUUGUCCUUUCAGUUUUAUUGUUCACAGUUGUUGAGAAGGCAGGGUGUGAGUAUGAUACUGACUAUGGCUCUAGUGAUACUGAGACUAAGUAUGGUACUUAUUCUGGGACAUCUUCCAUUAGUAGACGCAAGAGUAGCAGAUACAAUUUAUCUUUAUAUAAAUAUAUAAAAUUUAAUUAUUUUGAUGCUGUUGCAUUUUUAUUUUUAUAUCGCCAGCAGGAGAAUAAUGAAAACGAUGGCAACAAUGGAGGAAACAAUGGUGGACAGAAUGUACCUGUAUCUGUAUACGUGUAUGUAGUUGUUAUUGGCACAGCGUAUAAGUUGCACCAGUGGUAUAAAAAUUGGGAGAAAUCUACACGGACCUUCUUUGGUUACGACUACUAACAGUCACAAUUAUUGUACUUUGAUUGUUAAUUUAAAAAUUAUAAAUAAAAGCAGAAAAUUUUUAUGACGUACUGAGUUUUAUACGGAAAUACAUCAUGACAUGUGGAAGUAAAACAAGUUAAUUACGACAUUAAUUGAUUGUGAUCUAACAAUGUUGAUGUGUUUGGUCUAGAGGGAGUUUAGGAGACUUUUUGUUCUCUCAUAUUUGGUCUAUGACAUCUUGAAAUCUACCAUUUCUUUUAAAAUUGCUGAGUCAGCUUGUUUACUGCCAAAUAUUAUUUGACAUAGUCUGGCCCCGCCCCUUCGCUGGAUGAGAUCCAGCGAAGGGGGGGGCAGGGCCAGACUAUAUUUGACAGUUCAGCAUUUUCUGCAGGAAAUGAAAUAUCCUGUGGUUUGUUAUUCUGUUUUUAUGUGCUUUGUUGUAUUUCUUUAUUUGAAAUUCGUACUAAACUUGUGGAUUUUGUGAUUUACAGACCAUUUUGUACCAUUAUGUACAUGCUCAUUGGCACAUGGACACUAAUAUGCCAAAUUAAAACCAACCAAUCAUCAAAAAAUUUAGCAAUUUUCAAAGUUUUGAUCCUCAUCCAAAAUUACUGUAUUAACCUUAUAAUAUCUUAUUGCACAUAAACCAUUAUUUUAUUUUAUUUUAUUUCUU